GAGACCGCCUGAGAACUUUGUCUCUUCCGACCUUCCGUACGUCGGUCCUUUCUCCUUCCUAGCGGCGGUCAAGCUGUCACUUUAGCCCGCCCGGCUCCCGAACUCUGACGCACAAAUCUGCCGACAAAAAUGAAGAUCUGGACGUCAGAGCACAUUUUCAAUCACCCAUGGGAGACUGUGACAAAGGCAGCAAUGCAGAAGUACCCCAACCCCAUGAACCCAAACGUGUUUGGUGUGGAUGUCCUGGACAGACGUGUGGACACAGAGGGACGGUUGCAUAGUAAAAGACUGCUCAGCACAGAGUGGGGUCUUCCCGCCAUUGCCAAAUCCAUCAUUGGUCUAACAAGAACAUGCACUUAUGUCCAAGAACAUUCAGUGGUGGAUCCCAAACAGAAGACAUUUGAGCUCAAAUCUACAAAUAUCUCCUUCACUAACUUGGUGUCCGUGGAUGAGAAGCUGACGUAUAAGCCUCAUCCCCAGGAUGCCGACAAAACGGUGCUGACCCAGGAGGCUCUGAUCAGUGUGAAAGGUGUCAGCCUGAGCAGCUAUCUCGAGGGCCUCAUGGCCAACUCCAUGUCUGUCAACGCUGGCAAGGGCCGCGAGGCGAUGGAGUGGGUUAUCCGGCGCUUAAACACGGAAAUCGAGGAGCUGGCAGCCACAGCUCGCGGCGCCAUACGUGCACCCAUGGCGGCGGCUGUUGCGGACAAAUGAUAGCGGGGGCCCUCCGCCCAUCAUGAACUGACACGCGUCUGUGAUUAUUGGUGCACCUCGACAGCCUAAGUACCGUAGCCUCUCCGAGCCACUUUUGGGCAUGUGUGAGAGAGAGAGUUUAGAAAGUGUGUGUGUGUGAGCGAGAGAGUGACUUUAUUUUAUUCACACUGUGCCACAAGCUCAUUUCUUCCAUACCUUUCAUCCCAUUUUAACAAACGUCAUGAAAACAGCUGUUAUCUUUAAAUGUGAGCUCCGAACGGCUGUUCCAAGACUUUGGAAUAUUCUGUUAGCGUAACAGGAUUCUUCCACUUGAGAAUUACGGCUGAUCUUUUGGUUUGCGAUCAGGUGGCAAGAAGGAUUGAAAUCUUCACAUGUUCAUCACACAAACCUUCAAGUGUUAACUACAACAUGGUUGUGCAGGUAUUCCCAAUGUUGUGGCCAGUUGAUGGAACUAACAUGUCACAAAUAUUUUAGCGAUAUCACCCCAGUUUUGUGAAAUGCUAUCAAAUAUCUACUAACAGCAGCUUUUCUUUUUUGCAAGUUUUAUUUACAAUAUGAAGACCUGUGUCUGGUUCAGACCAUCCAUCCUACACGCAGUGAAGUUUCUUUAACAAACUGUGAUGCUUUUCUUACGGGGAACAUUUAAAGAACAGCGGCUGUAAAUAGGUUUAUAUUUAUAUUAUGGUGGCGUUACAUUCCAAGAAUGUGAAGACGUAGCUAAAAGAAAGAAAAAUGCACACUGACAUUGUUUCAAAAUAAAGUGAUGCCAUUGUUUCAUGAGAACGAUGGAGGUGGUGAAUUUGA